AUGAUGAAUGUGACGCGUCCUCAACCUGCCACCAAGAAUGCGAGAGCUCGUUUCGUAAGUUUGGGGGUGAAAUACGUCGUUGUUGGGGUUUCUAUAGUUUGCCUUUUUCUUAGAUUUUUUGAAUUGGAUUACUGUAAUUUUGAGACCAAAUUUUGAGAAAUUUUGAUGACUUUUUUUUGAAAAAAUUCUAAAAAUAAUGGGUCUGUUUAGUUGUAAAAUACGUAAAUCCGACUUCUAUUAAAGUGAUUUUAGUCGUUGGGGUUACUGUAAUUUAAUUUUUUUUUUCAAAUUUUCAUCGUUUUCACUCUAAAUUAGAACUGAAAACGUUGAUUAGGAUGUAAAAUACGACCCCUGGACUUUUGUUGCGAUUUUUGAUGAAAUCUAGGGCUCAUUGGACGACUGUGGGUUACUGUAACACUAAUUUUGAAAUUUUUUUAAAUGUUUUUUUAAGAAAUUUACGGGUUUUUAUGUUGUAAAAUACGUACAAUCAGCGUAAAAAAACUAUUUAAAAAAUUUUUAGACCUAUGAGAUUACUGUAACAUCCAUUUCUCAAACUUCUUUCCCCCUCAGAUUCAAUUUGAUUGCAAAUUUUUUCAGCGUCAUCCCAUUGAAGGCUACGAUGAAGCUGAAGGCGUCUUUUUCGUGGAUCGACGGGGAAAUGUGAGUCUAAUUUAGCAACGAAUCACCUGAAAAAUUCAAUUUUCAAUAUAAAUUUUUAAUAUUUUUAACAAUUUUUUCAGAACAUCCGAGGAAUCAAGUGCCGGGAGUGCGGCCAGAUCAUCCGUCGCAACAUGUGCGGCCUGCAUCGCCUCAAGCAUGGACAGCCAAGCCCCUCCAAGAGUCAGAACAAACGCAAGGGAAAGGGUAAGGGAAAUUGUGAUUGCACAGUGCAGACCAAAAGGUUUGCCGACUGCACGGUGCAAGUGUGGAUAAAAAAGUUGAUUGCACAGUGCAAAAGGUUGGCGCGCGUUUUGCAGCUGAGCGAUGCGAUGGAAGAAGCGAUAAAUUUGCACGGUGCAGUUUUUUUCUUGCAAGUCCGAAUAAAGAAGUUGAUUGCACUGUGCAAGAGGAUGUCGCAGGUUUUGCACUGUGCAAUUUUUUGGCGGGAAGACGUCGGAAACGCACAGUGCAAAUGGUUGUCGCCAUUCUUGCACAGUGCGAAUCACAAAACCAGUCGAAAUUUCAGCCGCACAGUGCAUAAUUUUCUUUGAUUAAAUUGCACUGUGCAAAAGGUUGUCGCGGGUUUUGCUCUGUGCGAUGCGGCGGAAGAAGAGAUAAAUUUGCACGGUGCAGUUUUUUGUUCAAUUGCACUGUGCUCUUCGAAGACGAAUUUUUGGCGGGGAAACGUCGCAAGCGCACAGUGCAAAUGGUUGUCGCGCUCUUUGCACAGUGCAGAUGACAAAACCAGUCAAAAUUCCAACUGCACAGUGCACAAUUUUCUUUCAUAAAAUUGCACUGUGCAAGCCAAAAAUAAGCCUAUUUUUUCCACUGCACAGUGCAAAAAAAUUUUUUUUUGAAAAUUGCACCGUAUCAACGCAAUAAAAAAUAAGAAAAUAAAAAAUCGUAUUUAGCCACCAGAAAGCGUCGAGAGGCGAUUCCCGAUCCUCCUCGCCAAUUCCAUUUUCAAUACGAACCCCCUCAAAUGGUGAAUUUGGAUGUCUCAUCCAUGAACCAUCAGCUCGAAGUGGUCUUCCCGUUUGGAAAUAACGCUUUGGUUGGUCCACUGGGAAAUCCGAACGUGUUUGGUCAGCAGAUUCCACCUCAAAAUGCCCCUCAAAUGGAGAUGAAUAAUAUUAUUCAUGAUGAAGAUGAAUUCCCAGCCCUUCUUGACGGUCAGAACGAGCUUGUAGAGGUAUAAUUGGCUAUGGAUUACAUUUUUUAAAAUUUGUUUUAGUGCUCUUUUAGUAAUUUUUUAUGAAAAAAAGGAUUGCACAGUGCAGUCAAAAUAUGUUGCUGCACUGUGCGGCCCUGCGGGCAUUUUAAAAAAUGAAUCGAUGAAAAAUAAAAAUUUCAGAGUUGGACAAAAUUUUCUAGCGCCCCAAAUUUUAUUUUUGAUAAGUCACCGCACUGUGCAAAAAGUUUUUUUAUUUCAUGCACAGUGCAGUCAAAAUAAAUCAUUGCACUGUGCGGCUCUAAUGGAAAAUUUUUUGUUGGAUGAAAACCAAAGUUGUUUUUGAUGACUAGCCAAGUAAAUUCACCCCGAAAAUUUUUUGUUUUGAUUGGUGAUUACACAGUAAAACAAAUUUUUCAAAAAUUUGCACAGUGCGAAAUUUUUUUUUGCAAUUUUGGGAAAAUUUAUUUUUUUUUUGUAAUUUUUAUUUGACUUGUCUGGCGACAUACUAAAAAUAAUUUUUAUAGAUUUUUUUAACUAAUUCUAUGCCCUAACUUUACCAUAUAAGAGUGAAGACAGAAGAUUUCGGAGGAAAAUUUUGAAAAUUUUUCGAAUUCACUUUUUUUUCGAUUUUGGAGUAAAAAUUUUUUUUACUCCCAAAAAUGCCAAAAAAAAAGUAAACACGAAGUUUACUCCAAAAUUUGGAAAAAACUUUGAUUUUCGGGAGUAAACUGGGAGUUUACUCGCCGGGGCCGAGAAAUCGAAUGGCGGCGAGUAAAUCUGGAUUUUGCUCGCUUCCAAUUAUUUCCUCAGCUCCUGCAGUCAGGAAUGUUUUUGACUGGGCGGCCUCAAAAUCGACAUCCCAGUCACCUGAGACGAAGAAACGGGGAGAAAAAACGAAGAGAGCGAGAGAAACGCGCGCUAUUUCGUGCUCUCUCUGCUUCUCUGCGCCCUCUCUUCGUUUCCCGCUCUUUCGCUCUCUCUCUCCUUUUUUUGCGCUCUCUCGCUUUCUCUCGAAAGAGAGAGAGAGAGAGAGAGCGCGAAACGGAAAGAAGGCGCUGAGAGGCAGAGACAGCCCGAAAUAGCGCGCGUUUCUCUCGUUCUCUUCGUUUUUUCUCCCUAUUUCUUCGUCCUAGUCAACAGUUAUUGACCCCUCACCCAGUCGGGAAUCGCGGGAUUCCUGAAUGGACCACAGUCAGGAAGUGUUGACUGUACGAAGAGUCAGGAACCCCGCGAAAUUCGGCAAAAUUUUUCGAAAGUUCGGCGCGACUUUUGCGCCCAGGGGUCAACUGUUCCCCGGGAGUAAACUCUGGAUUUACUCGCCGGCACCUUCGGCGAGUAAAUUCUGAAUUUACUCCAAAAAAAGGCGAAAAAAAAGUAAACUCGGAAUUCACUCCAAAAAUGGGAAUUUUGAAAGCUAUUUCGAUUCCUACUCGCCGACCCAUAAAAUUUCUCGAUUUUUACUCUCUUUUUCAAAAAAAAGUGAAUUCGAAAAAUUUUCAAAAUUUUCCUCCGAAAUCUUCUGUCUUCACUCUUAUAUUUUAGGCCGUGGACUUGGAGCAGCCCCGGCCGAUCCCAGUGGUCGAAUUGUCGGUCCCCGUUCCCAACAACCCUCCGCAGCAGCUCCACGAUCCCUCGGUGGACGGCUCUGGCUAUCCGAUUGGCCAUUUCAACCCCGAAGAUGCCCUGCGACAGGAUCCGGCUCCCGUCGGCCCGGCCACCGAACAUGUCGCCGUCGGCGAAGAGGGCGAUAACGGCGAUAUCCCGGCGUGGUUGAGACAUCAGGCCACUGUGAUGUUUUGGGGACCAGAGAACGAUGAGAAUUUGGAGCCACGAUUUGGUUAG